AUGCUGUCCUGCUUCUUGUUCCUCUCCAAGCAUAUCAGCGCUUCGCUGGUGUCGCUGCGCAGCGUGCACAGUGGCUUCAUGCUCCGGCCACGCUGGGCCCUCGGGCGCCCCUUGGGCCUCUGGCCACCUCCCCCACGAUGCCUGUUGGCCACAGCCACCUCCUCUGGGGACUCCGCUGGGUCCUUCUCCGCACCAUCCCGGGUGAGCCAGAACUUCCACCCGGAAUCAGAGGCAGCCAUCAACCGUCAGAUCAACCUCGAGCUCUAUGCGUCCUACGUGUACUUGUCCAUGGCCUAUUACUUCUCCCGAGAUGAUGUGGCCUUGAACAACUUCGCUAGGUAUUUCCUUCGCCUGUCUCGAGAGGAGACCCGGCACGCGGAGAAGCUGAUGAGGCUGCAGAACCAGCGGGGAGGCAGGAUCUGCCUGCAGGAUAUCAAGAAACCCCACCUGGACGACUGGGAAAGUGGGCUAAAUGCCAUGAAAUGUGCUCUGGUCUUGGAAAAGAAUGUGAACCACUCGUUGCUGGAAUUGCACACUCUGGCCUCAGGCAAAGGUGACCCCCAUUUGUGCGACUUCCUGGAAACCCACUAUCUAAAUGAGCAGGUGAAGUCUAUCAAAGAGCUAGGUGACCACGUGCACAACUUGAUUAAGAUGGGAGCUCCGGAUCGUGGCCUGGCAGAGUAUCUUUUUGACAAGCACACCCUUGGAAAUGAAAACAAACAGAACUAA